GCUUUUUAGAUAGAGAGACGGAGUGCAGUGCAGUGCAGUAGUGUGUGUGUGGAGAAUAGAAUAAUAGUGGAAUUCAUGUUGACUCAUCAUCAUAAUCACACUGCUCUUCUAUAGUCUCUGUUCGUCCUCUUCAUUUCUCUCUUUUUCCCGUCUCCGGUAAUUAGGCUACUGAAAAUGGAAUCUUGGCGCUAUACUACUAGUGAAGGAAAAGGAUUUCCUUUUUCAGAUGAGAUUGAUUUAUCUAUUGAUGCAUUUGGGAGAGGGAGGAAAUCUUUAUCAGGAUGGGAUGGUGAAUCUGUUGAGAAUUUGGAGUUUAUAGAUUUCGGUUUUUCUGAAAUUCACCGAAAACCAUUUUAUGGUAGUGGCAACACAGAUUUUGGGGUUAUUAGUAAUAGUAGUGAAGUUGGUUUUGAUUCUAGUAGUAAUAAUAUGAUUGCUUCAAAUUCAUCACUCGAAUCCGGGUCUAAUCAUUCUAAUUCUAUCAUGGAAGCUAACAGUCAGGAUUCGUCGUCGUUAAUCGAUUUGAAGCUAGGAAGAUUUGGUGAUGGCAAAGAUGUAGUGGAGAAUAGUAAGUUCUUGAAAGAAAGAUCAGUUGUAUCUUCUGUUACAACAAAUUUUCAGGCAAAGAAAGCUAGAACAGUGAGUUCACGUACUCGGGCUCCACUUUGUCAGGUUUAUGGUUGUAAUAAGGAUCUCAGUUCGUUGAAGGAUUAUCAUAAGAGACAUAAAGUUUGUGAGGUUCAUUCGAAGACUCCGAAAGUUAUUGUCAAUGGUGUGGAGCAGAGGUUUUGUCAGCAGUGCAGCAGGUUUCAUUUACUAGUUGAAUUUGACGAUAUUAAGCGUAGUUGUCGUAAACGCCUAGCAGGCCAUAAUGAACGUAGAAGGAAACCUCAGUUUGGUUCUCUCUCUGGCAGGCCAGUUAAGUUAUUGCAGUCGUAUCAAGCAGGUACCAAAUUAUUGGGAACUCCAUUGCCCAAGAGAGCUUCAUUUCUAUUCCCAAAUAUGCUUCCUGGUGGUACUAUUCACCCAGAGAAAUAUGAGCAGGCUAACAUCUAUAGACCUGCAAAAUUGGAGGAGAAAUCAAUUCACAAUACAAAUGGGCAGUUGCUUCCGAAAUCUUUUCUUCAUUUGCAUAGCAACGGGAUCCAAAACACUUCCGGAAUCUCUCCACCAACUGAAGAAUUCUCUAUGUUUGAUACAACAUCAACUAUUCACGAGUUGGCUGGAGCCUCGCAUUCCGGUUGUGCUCUCUCUCUUCUGUCAGCCGAAUCACAGGGCUUUAGCCAUUCAGCAGGAAUGGUAAUGGCUAGGCCCUUGAUCAAUCAAACCAGUCGUUCCCAUCAGAUUGUGGGUUCUUCUGACAAAUCAUCUCUAGGGUCCUCAGAGAAGUAUGUGGCAGAUGUCUUUCAUCCAUCUGGAAUGAAUUUCCUUAAACCGAACCAUAUGCGGUCGUCGAUGAUUUCUUGUUCGGGCCGUGCUACUAACAUUGAAAUUGGACCAGAUGAAUUUCUUCAAGAUCAACAAGAGCCAGCCUUUUUGAACAACAAAUAUUCUUUAACUUCUGAUAAUGAAUAUACUGUGAAUUUGCUGGAACUGUCAUCUCAUUUUCAUAGAGUGGAGCAACAGAGGAAUUCCAUUCAAGUUAAGCAUGAAAUUGAAGAUUGUUCCAGUUUCCUUACCACUUACGGGACAUAAAAUUAGAAAGGCCUAGCUAGAGGAAGUUGAAGUUCACUUGCAUCAGAAAUGUAAGCUAACAUCAUUAAUCAAAUAGACAAUGUGCUGGUGUGGAUUUCAGAUUAUUAUAACAAUUUCUGUUACAUUUCUUUACUAAAUUAACAUUUCAUUUUUAGCA